AUGGAAAUCGUCCUUGGCCUGCCUUGUCGGCCCAUCGCGCAAUUCUGGGACCCAAAAGUGCUCGGACAAUGUUUCGACCUAGUAGCAUUCGCCUACUUCACCAACAUCACCAACCUCAUUUCCGAUAUCUGGAUCUUUGUCCUGCAUUUGCCCAACGUUCUCCGUCUCCACAUGUCCUGUAAUCGGAAGAUCGCCCUCAGUUUGCUUUUCGCCAUCGGACUGGCGACAUGUGGCAUUAGCGCUGGCCGUCUUUCCGUCGUGGUCGUGCAGGGUUCAUGCGACUUUACAUGGGUUGACGUGCGCUUGGGGAUCCUCUCCGCCUGGGAGCCACCGGGAGGAAUCUUCUGCGCCAGUCUCCCCAUCAUCUAUCGGCUAGUAGUUACCACGUUUCGGAACCUCAGAAGCUGUGCUUCUGGACAGCCGUCUCGCACGCACUGCCCAGAUUUGCAGGAGCAAUGCCACCGACAGUGGCCCCACUAUGCAACAGGAAUAGCCCGAAGAUGUCCUACCACUUGGAAUUCUCUGACAAUACGACGUGCGAAGAGCUCAGUGUUCCGGUGGAUGAGUCGCAAUACCAUCCAAGAGGAACAGUAUUGCGAGCAGCAGGUUGAUCAUGAAGGUGACGAGACACCCUUGCAUCCGGUAUAG